AUAGCAAUUAGUGUCCUGACUUUCCCGUUUCUUUACUUUACGUUUAAAAAGCAACAAGUGGGCUCGAGCUAUGGCGAUUCAUAUGCAGACUUUUUGUUGUGGAUGUAACCUGCGAACAGGCAUUAUGUUAAUCGGCCUCUUCGGCAUCUUCUCAAAUGGAGUAGGAAUUUACUGGAACCACACAGCCGCGGAAACUGGUGAACUGGAUGCAUUGCCAAUCUCCCAGGGAUACAAAAAAGUUUUAGCCGAUUUGAGUAUGGUUGCCCUUGCAUUUUCCGCCGUUUCAAUGUUGGCGGAUGUCUUUCUUUUGAUUUCCUACUGCAUGCCGAGCAGAUAUCUGACACAUUCCUGGAUUAUCUGGCGAAUUUUUGUGAUUUUCGGCUCCUUCAUUUUGAACAUUUUUCUCAUGUCUGUUUGGGAGGGGUUCUUGUUUUUGUUCUGUUUGAACAUCUACGCAUGGCUGUUAAUGGUGAGUUUCACCUCUGUACACUGCUUUGGCUUUAAUCUAAGAAUCCGAAGAUGUUCUGAGUUAUAAAUGUGACACAUAUUCCGUUUGAUUCGUUCAUUCCAUCUUUCUUCGCCUGUUCUUUCCUUAGUUCAGCCAGUCAUUCGUUCAUUCAGUAGGUCAGUCAUUAUGUCAGUCAAUCAAUCAGUCUGUCGGUCUGUCAGUCAGUCAUUAAGUUAGUCAGUCAUUUAGUUAGGAAGUCGAUCUGUCAGUCAGUGUGUCAGUUAGUUUGUCAGUAAGUUAAUAUAAUUUAGGUUUUAUCAACUGAGUUGAUGAUGACAAUUGGCCACCGUAAAGAGUUUCAAAGCUGACAUUUCAAGCGUUUGCC